ACAGCAACAACAACAACCACAAACUGACUGAGACUUGUCACAUAUCAGAACUAGACAGUUCACAUUCUCCCUCUUCAAAACAUGACAUUUAACCCCCUCCACCCUGUGGCCAUGAGAGAAGACUCAUCUCACGCCGAGCGCCUCAGCAACAGCAGCAGCAUUUUGGUCAACCCCCAGCAGUACCAUGCACAGCAAGAUAACAUGGACCUCCUGGUGCCCAGCUUCAGCCCCAGCUCUGCUCCCUCCUCCCCCACUGACACCCUCUCCAAGCUGGGCUUGAAAACCCCCGGGAGCCCCGGAAGUCCCACCAGUCCCAUGGCCAGGGAUCAGGUGAGUGCCAUCACAGUGGUGGCUCUACUCGACAAGCUGGUCAACAUGCUGGAGGCGGUGCAGGAGAACCAGCUGCGCAUGGAGCAACGCCAGGCUGACCUGGAGGGCGCCGUGCAGGGGGUCCAAGGCGACGUGACUCGCCUGUCCAAGAACCACACCAGCACGUCCAACAGCGUGAGCAAGCUGCUGGAGCGCUCGCACAAGGUCAACACCCACAUGAAGGAGGUGCGGGAGCGUCUGGACAAGCAGGCGUCGCAGGUGAAGCGGCUGGAGGCCAACCAUGGACACCUGCUCAAGAGGAACCAUUUCAAAGUACUCAUUUUCCAGGAAGACAACGAGAUCCCCUCCAGCAUGUCCAUCAAGGACUCCCCCAAGACCCACCAGGCCAGCCAGCUUGAGGACGACGCCCCUGCGGCACCUGCCCCGUCUGUCACCGGCAUAGAUGCCAACCGCUCUCAGGAGGAGGGUCUCCAUAACAUCAGCCUGUACUCCUCCUACAAUGACACCGGGGGUCUUCACGAGGACGACGAAGCCCUGGAGGGAGAGGCAGAGCUGGGCCUAGAAGCGGCCCUGCCCUCCUUCGAGAGAUCCAAAGCCGACCGGCUGAAGCGCUCCAGCCUGAAGAAGGUGGACAGCCUGAAGAAGGCCUUCUCGCGCCAAAGCAUUGAGAAGAAUAUGACCAGGAUCAGCACCAAGAUCGUGCCACCCGUGAGCCGUGAGAAGAUCAAGAAAAGCUUUACACCAAACCACCCUAAGAGUCUCGCCGCCAAGAGCUCUUCUUUCAAGGUGUCGCCCAUGACGUUCAAUGUGAAGAAGUUGCGAGGUGAAGGGGAGGCCUCGACACAGCCCGGAGGCUCGCCUAGCGGGCAAGCCCACAUGGAGAUCCCUCCCUUGGGUAGCAUGGAUGGGGAUCUGCCCUUGGCUGAGGUGUACUCCCAGGAAGGGCUGAGUGUGGAGGGGGGAGAGGAGCUAGCUAGUCCUUCUACCCCUGGGAGCGUGCAUGCCGAUUUGACCAUCAAUGGAGAAGCGGGGAGCCUUGAGUGUGAUCUGACCAUCGAUCGUCAACCGGGGCUUGCUCUCCCGGAGCAUGAGGAGGAAGAGGUUUAUGAUGAGGUAGAGGAGCAGGAAAGCCUGGUGGAGGUAAAGGACCCCAUACCUGCUGUAGAGCAAGCUUCAUAAUCUCAUCCCUCUCAUCUUUUGCUCCUCCACAUUCCCUGGGUAUUUUAUGUUAACAUGCCAAAACUGUAGUCAUCCCUCCAUCUUUCCAGCCUACCAAUUUCAAAAAAAUCUCAAGCCCCAGUGCUAACGAGCCCCUAACCAUUCCUGGCCCUCCAAUGCCUCCAGCCCUGCAUGUACAAUUGAUCCAAGAGAUCCACGGACAUAUCCCAGAUCACCAAGCUUCCAUUUCAGAGAUCCUAAUUUAUCAAGAGCGAUCAAGAUAUCCUGCAUCAGUUUCUCCUGCCUGGUCUGUAUAGCUACCUACCCUUCUUUGGGGCUACCUUAGGAAAAGAUCCAGCAAGCCAAGCGACUAUAACUCACCUUCCCAACUGGAACCUAGGCUUCUGAACAGCACAUCUCCAGGAUGCUGAGCCAACUCACUCUCUCUGUUUAUCUGUCUUUGCAUGGGCCUCUCAGUCUGACGGAUAGUCUCUUUGAUCUCCUGCCUCGCUUGAAUGCCGGUAAAUCCUUGGCAAAGAGGUUAGAGCCCACAGCUUGGGAAGGGUAGCCCAUUGCCAGGUUGUCUGGGCAUUGGUAUGGGGCGGUAGCUAUGUUUCUAAAGCAAGGUCGGUGUAAGGCUGAGGUUUGUGACAUGCAUUUGACCCAGGUCUGGAUGUAACCAUAUAACCCGAGUGCAGGGUAAAAAUGGAGCCAUAACAUUAAGGCAAUUUCAUGCCAUCCCUACUUUAGUUCAUAUAUUUGCCAUAAUAUAUAUACUCAUCAGACCUCUCAUGACAAAAACAGCUUGAAAGUGGUAAGUUAAGGGAGGGUAAGUUGAUAUCUCUGUAUUAGGGUAAGGUCUACUGGGAGCACUAUUGAGACAGAGGAUGACUUGGGACCUUAAGGCUCUACAAACUCGGACAUUCCUAAACACCCUAUAUCAGGGCAACCAUAAUCUUACGUUUAUGUAUAUAUUUGAUUAUAGGGAGUUAAAUAUCAGUAGGCAUAACGACUUAUAUAAAAUCAUAUUUGAGUACUGUCACCUGACUUUCAUAAAUAUACUGUAAAAAUUGUAAUGUUGGAGUUGAUUACGUGUGCAUUCGGUGCACCUAAAGUUGGCAUAGCACUCACAUAAGCAAUGUUGACACAUUCCUAUAUGGUUGAAACACACAUGCACACAAACACUAGAUUAACUAGCACACAUUUACAGAGGCACCCACAAAGACAAUCACACACACAGUCAUACACGCACGGAAUUCUUCAAACUUACACUGGCUGUUGUGGGUAAUUGCCAUGCUGGAGUGAGGAAUUCCUGUUUUGGAAGCCCUGUUGAAAAAAACAGCAUAGACCAGCAUAGGCUGGUGACCAGCCUUCAUUGUUUGGACACUGGUCACCAGCAUUCCAGCAUAUGGUGGCCACCCGCAAAACCCGCAUCAAGUUACGUUAUGCUGGAUUUGCAAAAUGAUGUCUAAUUCCUAAUGGAAUCCAGCCUGAACGGGGAUAUCCAACAAUUUGAAUGUUUAUUCACCCACGAUUUGCAUUCAGAAUGAUUGCCAGGGUUUUGCCCUCAAAACAUCAAAUCAAUCUUUAUUUAUACAGCACAUUUCAGACAUGGAAUGCA